UGUGCCGGCAUCCCAAACAACCACUGAGACAGAUUUUGAACCAACCCCUAUGAUACAGAUUGAAGGGACUACAGAAACCACUCCUGAAAUCCCCAAACAACUUCAAGAGACCACACCCACGGUUCCCCCAGCUCCAACUAAAAUUCAUCCAGACGCAGAAGACGCUGCUGCCCUGUUGAUGAUGGCACGGACAGCGUCCUAUGUUCCUAAAACAGAUCCAGGGGUGCCAUCAUUCAGCCUUGGAUUGACUGAUUCAAGCCAGGAGGGGGCGUCAACGCAGGAGACAGAAAGGAAAAAAUCUCCAGAAGCUGCGAAUUUGAUAGAACAAUUGGACAGUUUGGUCCAAAGAAUAGCAAGCAGCACGGCGAAGGGAAAAAACACAAGUCCACAAAUUCAGAGGGAGACUGGGGGAGAAAGUUCUGCAAAGUUUGAAACUCCUGGGGGAAUGAAUCAAAUUCCAGAUGAUAUGAAACAAAAGUGCUACAUCUGGGGGACGAGACUGAAGGAAGAUGCAGAUGGCAAUACUAACGAGUACGAGGAAAUGUGCACUCUGAUUAGCCAAGGAGAAUACAUUUUGAUGAGAAUGCACAUUGCCUCCCUCCAGGCAAAAAGUGAUAUAGAAUCUCAGGUAAUAUUAGAAUAACAUUAAUCUUUUUACACCAAAGUCAAUUACAAUGCUUAUUAAUGUAAAAUUGAUUUUGGCAUAUAUUUCUAGAUUGUAUCUGCCAUCUGCCUCAUCCUC